ACAUUUCUCAUUGGCUAUUUUGCCAAAUGCAUUCUGUAUUUUUUUUUUAUUAAUACACAAUAAUCCGCGAUUCUAAGCAUAAAGUGAUCUAUCGAAUGCGCCAUGAAAUAAGUUAGUACAAAUAUUUAACCACUGACGUAUACUCAGGGCAAUUUAAGUACAUGCUUUCCUACGCUCGAAAGUGAUCACUAGCUAUAUCUUUGGCACUUAAAGAGUUAAAGAUUUGUUUCUCUUAUUAGCGCUCGUAAAUACGUUUCAUUGCUCAUACGGCUACUGUGUUUUAAACGUGAAUCACUGACUAUGUCUUUUAUUACGCUAUGUAUUUCACUUAAAAACAAUCACACACGUUUCCUACUCUCACAAGUGAUAGUAACAAUGGUAGUAAUUUUUUACAACAAGCAAUAACUGAUAAGUUAAUUUCGAAGUGCGUACAUUAAUAUAUUGCUCUGAUCGCGCUUUUAAGUACAAGCGUAUGUAUUAAUCACAAUAUUUUUAAAGACACGAACACUCAUAUCUCUUUGUUUCUUAUCGAAUAACUUAUACUGUCCCUUACUUUUAGAUUACACACGUUGUUAAUUGUAUAUUUUUAGUCUGUAAUACCCAGCUUCGGUGUCGUAGCAGUCAUUAACUUGUUAAACAAAAUCAACACGCGUUACGCUAUAAAUCGCGCGAGCAUAACACGCAUUCGUCAUUGCGUAGUUUCCGCCCGAUCUACUUCAUUUGAAUUAAUAACGGCGCAUAAUUUUAAGCUGCGUACGCGACACAAUGAGAGCGAAAGUGCUUUGAAUUCUUGCUCAACGAAAAUACUAGAUGUCUGUGUAAUUUUGAAACGCUUAUUCUGUAAAUAGGAAUCCGUCUGUAUAAACAGUUUUAAAAAGAAUUACCAACUACAGUUUUUAUUUCGUUGUCGAGGGACGUGUUUAUUCAUUCAGUCUGAACAUUAUAAUAGGUAUUGUUUUACAUUUCAAAUCGAAAGCGAAUCUGAAUAACCAGGAAAUUAAAUGGAAAUAAAUUAUGAUAAUUAUAUCAUUAAUUAAAGUAAAAUUAAUGCACAGAACUAAAUUUUCCGUGUCUUAUAAGUAGAAUAAGUAAGUCACUUAUUCUUAAAACGUCAAUACGUUUGACGUAUAGGAAUAAUUAAAAAUUAAAGCAUGCACCUUGAGAAUGCGAAAAUUCUGUAAUAUCAUUCUAACUUAACAUAUUGUAUUCUAGCUUCUGAUAUCUUAUAGAAUCUACAUGAGACCUUCUCUGCUAUUACUACAUGACCGAGUCGCUAAUUAUACUUCAUAUAAAAGCUACAUAAUUCAUUUUAUUCCCUUUUGUAAAAAGCAGAUCGCGAUCGAGUUAAAUGAGGUCGUAUUACGCAUAAAAUUUGUAUAUUCACUGUUGCUUGCACAAGUUUUCUUCGCGUGCAUUUUAUCUCGCGACCAUGGGUACCAGCACGUGUCACAUAGUGGUAUAAAUUGACUUAUACGAGCACACGGAAGUCAGAUAUCUAUUGAGGACGUACAGGCCGAUAUUUCAAUGAGCAUUACGGAUUACGCAAAUAUAUUUUUACUGGUUUCUCUGCCGUCCUCUGGCUCGUUAGAGUAUACGCGUUUGGCAACAGCUGCGUUCAAAUACCAUCGGGCAUAUCCAAGAAUUCGAAAGCGAUGCAACGCGUCGUUUGAGGGAGUAAAAUGAAGAAGAGAGCCGUCACACCCUUCUCGCUUCGUUCUAGCAACACGCGCGGCGAUUACGGAAGAUGAGAAAGGAAAACGGCUGAACUUUUCGGUAUUAGCUCAGAAGCCUGAGAAGCUUUAAUCAACGGGCGUAGCGUACGAAAAGAAACUAGAAGCAAACGAAAUGUAUAAUUCUGUGGGAAUUGUCGAAGGAUCGAGGGUAGGUCGAAGGAUAUUUAAAGAAGAAGCCCUGUGGGAUUUGGGCAACGAUGGAAGCUGCCAGACAGGAAUGAUAGAAUGCAAGAGGGUAGCACCGCCGUGGCGCUAGCGAUGGUGACUCCUGGCUACGAUCAGGACCCUGCAAGUGGGGUUGCCGAUUACACGGCUCAUCAGGAUCAAGCCCAAUUUGAGGCGGACAAAAGGGCGGUUUACAAGCAUCCCCUCUUCCCGUUACUCGCGUUACUCUUCGAAAGAUGCGAACAGGCCACCCAGAGUUCGGACAAUUCGACGUCCGAAAGCUUCAACAUGGAUAUACAGGCCUUCGUCCAACACCAAGAAAGAGACCGAAAGCCUUUCUUGAUCAAUGACCCCGAAAUUGACGGUUUGAUGAUCAAGGCGAUACAGGUGCUGCGGAUUCAUCUACUCGAACUGGAAAAGGUGCAGGAGCUGUGCAAGGACUUUUGCAACAGGUACAUCACGUGCCUGAAGGGCAAGAUGCAGAGCGAGAAUCUGCUGCGCAGCGAUUACAGCCACCAUGGACACGACAUGGGUCCGUCCAGUGGCAGCAACGGGAGCAGUCCUUUACAGGUGCUGUCUUCUACAGGCAAUGAUGUUGAGUCGGGAGCUAACGGAUUCAGAGUGAGCAGAGGAGACACCCUGUCGGAGAACGGUGGCGCGGUUCACACACCCGCUCUCGAGGAAACCGGUAACGACAGGCCGUCGUCGGUGCGGUCAUCUUCCACUGCUCACCGAUCGAUCAGAUCAUCCAGCCAAGACAACGACGAUCCCCUGUCACCUUCCACCGUACAUGGAAGCACGCCUCUGUCACAAAUCGGGGCUCAUUCCUGUCCACCUGUUAACGACAUGUAUCUCGGUCAAGAUAUUACUGUGGCGGGUUCCCCUUCACCUGCACCAAGCGAGGACGAAGAAGAAGGCUGUGGCACUGGCACUGCUACUUCCAAUCAUAGUAGCGGUCACGGAGGUAGUCACAGUAGCAUUAAAAAGGGAAGACAAAAACGGGGUGUCUUACCUAAACAUGCUACCAGCAUUAUGCGAACCUGGCUCUUUGAACACCUAGUCCAUCCGUACCCUACGGAGGAUGAGAAGCGUCAAAUAGCGAGUCAAACAAACUUAACGUUACUGCAAGUAAAUAAUUGGUUCAUCAACGCUCGUCGACGGAUCCUGCAGCCGAUGCUUGACGGCGCCGGUGCCGAUCCGGUCCAGCGUGCCGGUAAACGUCAUAAAGUAUCGAAGCACGUGGCGCAGCAGCAGCAGCAGCAGCAAGCCCAGCAACAGCAGGCAGGUGGCUGGCAAUCCGAGGACUCUGCAAGCGAUUCGGGCUCUAGCGACGGUGAGGGAGGUGCCGAUAGAUCGAAAGACGGUAACGAUAGCGACGAAGAUGAUCUUCACUGACCUCCGUCGAUCACCGAAACGUCAACCUCUUUACGGUACCUUCGAAUCCAGUUGCUCACUACAGUAUUAAGGUAUUCGAGAAUAGAUUUCGCUUUAACUGUCAAAAUACGUAAUUAUUCUCGCGAAAAGUCAAGGGUAUUAUUGGUCGAGGUUAUCACGCUCUCUCAUCAAAUCCGACAGACUUUUUUCUCGUUCUUUUCUUCGUCUUUUAUCUCCUUUACUAUUUACAGACGAAUUCUAGGUUUUGAAUCAAAUCGGUAGAUCCGUAAGGAAUUCGUGAAAUAUAGGAGAAAAAUAUCGUGGAUAAUUCGUUUGAGAAAAUGUGUUCUCUUCUAUUCCAUAAAAGAGAAGCAUGACAAGGAAGAAACUACUUUUUAUUAAAUUCGAGAAAAAGAAUCUUAUAUAGAAUGAAGCUUCUUUCAUGGAAUUGUUAUAUUUUUCACCAGUUUCGUUGAUUCGUUGAUAAGCAGUGUUAUUUUCUUCUUUGUAACGGUUCUUUAUUUCUUACGAUUUAUUUAUUCCUGAUUGAAUUGUUAAUUUUGCAUAUGCAGUUCAGAGUGACGAACGAAGGUGCUACGUGUAGCAUAGCUUAAGUCAUCAUUUCUUCCACGGCAUUUAGUUAAACAGAGCGUAGUACUAAUAUCGGUAACUGGUUUAUAGGAACAAAUUAUUAUUUUUCGAGAAACACUUGAAUGUUCGCGAUACGAGAAGAGAAUUUUGCGUGUAACGUGUACACAUUUGUUCUAUUUACUCGUUUAUCGACGAACUUAUGCAAAGUUGAAGCGAUGACAAAGAGUCGGUGUGUUACUGUUUAUAUAUUUUUAUAUCAAUACUUUAUUUCCUUAAAUAUACUUUUUCCUUGGCUUCGAAGCAACACGAAUCGUCUUUCAAUGUUCAAUAAUACUAAAAAAAUGAUACAUACGUGAUUAGAGAAUUACAAAUAUAAUUUUCAUUAAGGAAGUACGUCGUUUAAUUUUCAAGCAGUCUUUACGAUAUCUGUUCAGUUACAGAAACGUACAUAUAGUCGUCCCUCGAAUUUUCCGAGGAAUUACAAUUAAACGGAGAGAAGACUAAUAGUAUUUAAAAUAAAAUAAACAGAAUAAGAUAACGAAGAUCAUCCUUUGACCAUUUACUGGUGCGAUUCAGUCUCACAUAACUAAAUUGACACAAGAAUAGAUAUAGUAGAAUUAAUUUCCUGAAAUGGGAUACUUAGUACUUUCUAUAGCGUUAAAACAGGAAAUCGUCCAAACGAGACUAUGUAUAAUAAUAAGAAUCUUGAAUGAUGGCGUGGA